UCCAAGCAGACAGAGGUCUCGCUGCUGCAUCUGCCAGUUCCACUCUCUCCCCCCUGCUCCUCCCACUGAAUCAUUCGUCUUUUGAUUAUUUUUCAUCUCCUCCAUCGCUCUCCUCUCGAGGCAAAAAGACCAGACUUGACUCUCCUGCCUCCUCCUCCUCACUCCCUCCCUCGCCGUCCAAUCCCCUCUUGCUCCAGCCAGCUCCUCCCGCUCCUUUCUCCAGCCAAACCCUCUCUCACUGCCUUGAAGACAAUGCCGGCUCCAGUGUGCCGCUGCAGGCCAUUGGCCAUGGCAGUGCUGCUACUCAUUGCUUCACUUUGCCAUCUCGGUUCUUGCAAUGGAGGAGCAGGAGGAGGCAGGAUCACAAGGCUCCCUGGGCAGCCGGAGGUGAACUUUGGUCAGUACUCGGGCUACGUUGAGGUGGAUGGCAAGGGGAGCAGGGCUCUCUUCUACUACUUCGUGGAGGCGGAGCUUGAUCCUGCCACCAAGCCCCUCGUGCUCUGGCUCAACGGAGGACCUGGGUGUUCUUCACUUGGUGUAGGGGCCUUCUCAGAGAACGGCCCUUUCAGGCCCAGCGGGCAGGCGCUGGUGAGGAAUGAGUACAGCUGGAACAAAGAAGCUAAUGUGAUUUACCUGGAGACACCAGCUGGUGUUGGCUUCUCCUACUCUGCUGAUGCUGCCUACUACCAGGGUGUGAAUGACAACAUGACAGCAAUGGACAAUAUGGUGUUCAUGCAAAGGUGGCUUGAAAAGUUCCCACAGUACAAGGGCAGAGAGCUAUACAUUUCUGGAGAGAGUUAUGCCGGGCAUUACAUUCCACAACUUGCCGAGGUCAUGGUUGAGUUCAAUAAGAAGGACAACAUCUUCAACCUCAAAGGACUUGCUUUGGGCAAUCCUGUUCUUCAUUUCACCACCGACUUCAACUCGAGGGCAGAGUACUUCUGGUCUCAUGGCCUCAUUUCAGACUCAACAUACAGGAUUUUCACGUCUGUUUGCAACUACUCCCGCUACGUCAGCGAGUACUACGGUGGAUCGCUUAGCCCGCUUUGCGCGAGGGUGAUGAACCAAGUAACCCGAGAGACUAGCCGGUUCGUCGACAAGUACGAUGUUACCCUCGACGUCUGCUUGUCUUCGGUGCUCUCUCAGUCAAUGAUCCUCUCCCCUCAUAAGCGUGUUGGGCACCGCAUCGACGUCUGUGUGGAGGACGAGACGGUAAACUAUUUGAACAGGAAGGAUGUUCAGGAAGCGCUCCAUGCGAAGCUCAUCGGCGUAAAAAAAUGGGCAGUUUGCAGCAGCGUUCUUGAGUAUGAGCUCCUCAACUUGCAGAUUCCAACAAUCAACAUAGUAGGAUCACUGGUCAACUCCGGCAUCAGAGUACUAGUUUACAGUGGCGAUCAAGACUCGGUGAUCCCUCUAACGGGAAGCAGGACACUGGUGCAGAAUCUAGCGCGCGAUCUAGGCCUCAAGACGAGCAUUCCGUAUCGAGUUUGGUUCGAAGGGAAGCAGGUUGGUGGGUGGACUCAGGUAUACGGUGAAGAGCUCUCCUUCGCCACCAUCAGAGGAGCCUCACAUGAGGCGCCAUUCUCGCAGCCUGAGCGCUCUCUUGUGCUCAUCAGGGCAUUCCUACAAGGCAGGCCUCUGCCGGAAACCUUCUCAUGAUAGUGGAUGUUGCCUCUGCAGCUAUGAAAAGAGUUGCUAGUCCUGAUUAAUUCUGCAAGGGGUUUAGUUAUGUAAGAAUGUGUCUGCUUUGUUCUUCAUGUUCCUAGCUGUCUGAAGCUGCGGUAGCAGCAUUGCUCUAAAGGUUUUUGGUUUCUCUUUCUCCUGUAUUCGAGGCUUGGUAAUUGUUCAAAGAAGUUCCAGCCAGUUCUUUUUGUGCUCUUGUAUGUAAAUUACCUUUAUCACCUUGUCUCAAGCGUGGCUUUGCUGUCUGA